CUAAACAAGGAACUCUUCGACCUAAUGACCUCUGGUGAAAAAGGAAUAUCAGCAUUUCCAGAAGGUGAAAAUAUCAACAAGUGGGUCGCCACUUUAGCCGGUCCAGAGGAUACAGUUUGGAGCCCAAAAACUGGUAGCAAAGUGUAUUUUUAUUGGCCACACUGCCACUAUGACAUUUUUAAAUGUAAAAUUACUUUACUCUUACCCUAUUGCGUGUUUAUUGCUACUAUAUUGUCUUUUAACUUCAAGGUUUACCAGGGUCAAGUAUAUCGACUAUCUUUAGAAUUCGGCUCUGGAUAUCCUUACAGUCCCCCAACCGUUCGUUUCCUUUCUCGUUGCUACCACCCAAAUGUGGAUGGCCACGGAAACAUCUGUUUGGACAUUCUCAAAGAAAAGUGGUCAGCUCUCCUCACAGUAACCAGCAUCCUAGUGUCCAUUCGCAGUCUUUUAGCAGAACCAAAUAACGAUAGUCCCCUUAACACGCACGCUGCCGGCCUCUGGGAUGAUGUCACAGAAUUCAAGCGAGAGAUGAUCAAAUUUCAGGCCUCCACUCCCGUACCAGACGCCUCUUCCUUCCAAUAG